AUGGGCACGAGAGAGCAGAGCCUCAAUCUCAAGUCAAGGUACACUCCAGGGCUCACUGCACGCUCGAGGCGCUGGUGGAGUGGAGUGGUCCAGAAGUCGGCCUGGACGGGAUGGAUGGACGUGUCGCAUCGUACAAGUAAAUCCGAGCCACGGGGCGCGGCCCAGGCCUCUCUGCAGGAGGAGGGAGGACGAGGAGGAGGGGGGGUACGGUUGGUCGUCCAGGCAAGGAGGGGGGGAGUGGUCAAGGAUGAGCUGGGGUUUGUCGAUGUGACUUCUUCGGUGGCCGGUCCUCUCUGGCAUGUUUUCCAUUCAGUCGAUCCCUACCUCGUUCAGUCCAGGUCGCCUCCCAGCUGGUCCACCUACCUUACCCAGACGCUGGGGCUGAACGGCAUGGCAUAG